CGAGGCGGUGUAUUCUUCUCUACUUACGAUGUGGAGUUUCUGCCUCAAACAAUCAGCAGUUGGGAUCGAAAACAAGGGCUGACUGUGAUACUCGAUACAUCUGGAAUCAUCAGCUACACCGCUUUCGGUUUCAGUUUCGGAAAUCGAGCCCUGUGUAGAAUGUUCAACAAAGCCUUAGUGAAAAUACUUCCCGGUGUUCCACAAAUCACCCUUGGUCCUGGCUAUGCACACAAAAAAGAAGCCGAGGACAUCACUGUUCAGGCUCGUCAUACUACUCUUUCACUGAAGUAUCAUCUUGAACAAUUGUUCGCCAUAUUCGGGAUAUCAAUGUGUUUAUGCAUGUUGACACUAAUUGCAGAAAUUGUUACAUGUCAUCUGGCGAGGAGAUACAAGAAUGACUGCACUUUGAGACGACAUCAGUCUAUUUUUGUUCCUUCCGUGUCAUUCGUCCGUAUGCCCCAA